CUCCACUGACUGAAUGAUACUAAUACAAAGAAGUAUUUGAGGUACUCUAUAUUCCUUAUGAUCUCUGCAGUCUGACCGUCGCCAUGACGUGAACCGGAUCGCGGUGCAUCCGCCGCUCGGCCGAGAGGAAGAUGCUGAACUCGUCCUCCUCCGUCAGCGCGGCGCUGCUGGCGAACGGUAGCUCCGCCCUGACGGCCAAAGACAGCUUCUCCAACGCGCUCACCAAGAACACCGUCGCCAUGCUGGUGUGGCUGCUGCUGAGCGUCUCCAACGGCAGCAUGGUGCUCACCUUCCUGAGGCACAGUCUGUUCUACGAGAACCCGCGGUACAUCAUGUUCGUCUCCAUGGUGAUCAACGACGCCCUGCAGCUCAGCCUGGUCACAGCGCUCUACGUGGUGAGCUACAUCUUCAGGAAGAUCCACGCCUCCGUCUGCUGCAUCCUGAUCAUGACGGCGGUGCUCACCACCCGCUCCACCCCUCUCAUCCUGGCCGGCAUGGCGUUGGAGCGCUACGUCUCGAUCUGCUUCCCUUUGCACUACAGCCACAUGUGCACCGUCCCGCGCACCUUCCUCCUCAUCGGCAUCAUCCUCUUCCUCACCGCCGCGCCGCCCGUCACCGACCUCCUCAUCACCGCCGUUCACCAGCCCCGGAGCUUCUUCCACACCAACAUCUUCUGCGACCACCCGCUUCUCUUCCGCCACCGGUCCAUCUACUACAAGAACUGCGUGUUUGACGGCGUGUACCUGUCCUUCGUGGUCCUCACGCUGCUCUACACCUACUGCAGGAUCAUGCUGACGGCGAGCGCCGCCUCCACCGGCCUGGCCUCCGCCCAGAGGGCCCGGAACACGGUGCUGCUGCACGGCGUUCAGCUGCUGCUGUGCAUGCUCACCUUCGUGGUUCCUUCCCUUCAGGCGGCUCUCAUCUCCCUGUUCCCUCGCUUCAGUCUGGAGAUCCGUUACGUCUUCUUCGUGCUCGUCUACAUCAUCCCCCGUUUCAUGAGCCCCAUCAUCUAUGGAUUUCGUGACGAGCUGUUCAGGAAGUACUGGACACGGUACCUGGCUUGUCGGGGCCAACGUACCGUCAGGGAGGACAGGGUCUGCUCGGUCUCGGGUCUCGGGUCUCCUCUCCGGGUUCAGGACUACAGGUCUCCUCGCGUCUCCCCUCCGGGUUUAGGAGGACAGGGUCUGCUCGGUCUCGGGUCUCGGGUCUUCUCUCCGGGUUCAGGACUACAGGACUACAGGUCUCCUCGCGUCUCCCCUCCGGGUUCAGGAGGACAGGGUCUGCUCGGUCUCGGGUCUCGGGUCUUCUCUCCGGGUUCAGGACUACAGGUCUCCUCGCGUCUCCCCUCCGGGUUCAGGAGGAACUCUUGA